AUGGCUUUGCGGUUGGAUGUAGCAAGGAUGUCGCCGCCAGGCAUCCCUUGCGCACGCGUCUCUCGUCUUCCAGGACUCCCUGCCAGAUGGGCGCACGAGAGCCCAGAGGCCAAGGCCAGAGUUUACGCUGUGAUGCCCUCUGCCAUCUUCUCGGUCGCCGGUUUGGCUGGCAAGUGGAGGCUGGAGCGCCGGCUCCAGAGCUCGCGCCGGAGCCGCGGGGGCGAAGCAGAGGGCGGAAGCACGCGGCCCGCUGAGCCUGGGCCCGGCGAGGCUUCGGAGGACGGCGACUUCCUGGCGGGAUUCCGGGCGGCUCUUGGCAGCAGAGAGGAGUCCCUUCACCAGGAGCUGCGAGCCGUCCGCGAGCAACUCUCCAACGCGGAGAAGCGCAUCUCCGAGGUGGAGACGGCAAAGGAGACCCUGAUCGAUCAGCUGCGUCAAGCCCGGGAAGAGGUUGCAGCCACCAGGCGCGGCCGUCAAGGCGAGAAGGAGGUUCUGGCGAAGAUGGAGCGUGACAUUGCCACCUCAAGCAAAGCUCUGGAAGCUCUGCAGGCGGAGCGAUCCGCGCUGCAGGCAGCCCUGGCAAAGGCGGAGCAGGAGAAGCAGAAGUUUGCGGAAGAUGAGGCCGACUUGAAGAGCAUGAGGAACCGUGCCGAGACCAAGGCCAAGCAGGCGAAGGCCGAGAGGCGGAGUCUGGAGUCGAAGCUGACGGAGCUCGAGGCCGAGGCCAAUGCGCGAACGGCAGAGCUGGCCACAGCCCUCGCAGCAGAGAAGGCUGGAAAGCGAAAGCUCGAGGACCAGCUUGCAGAGGAGCGCGCCGCACGUGCCGCAGCCAGCUCCGAGCUGAAGCUUUCGACGGAGGCGCUGGAGCUGGAGCAGGUGGCCAAAGUCGAAUCCGAGAAGCGUUGGGAACAAAUAGCUGCAGACUUGUCCAAGCAGGCAUCGUAUCCGAGCAGUACCAAGGCUGUACAGCUGGAGCAGAAGUUGGUGAAGCUUCAGGAGGAGGCGCAGCGUAUGGAGGCUGACCACAGUCAGGUCGUGGCCAGCUUGCAGGCCAAGUCGGACGCGCUGGCGAAGGAGAACCAGGAACUGAAGGCGACUGCGACUCGCCUCGAGAAGAAGGUUUCCUCGGCGCAGAAGGAGGCAGAAAAGAGCGCCGGUUUCACAUGGACACCGCUAGUUCUAUUCCAUUGGGCUGAGGAGGAGCUUCAGCAGCUGUCAUCAUCGUUGAAGUCAGAGAAGGAGGCCAAAUCCGAGCUGGAGAAGCUCCUCCGCUCCAGUGAAGUCAAGCUGGCGAAGCAACAGAAGGCCCCGCCCGAAGUCGUUGCCAGCUUGCAGGCCAAGUCGGACGCGCUGGCGAAGGAGAACCAGGAACUGAAGGCGACUGCGACUCGCCUCGAGAAGAAGGUUUCCUCGGCGCAGAAGGAGGCUGAGGAGGAGCUUCAGCAGCUGUCAUCAUCGUUGAAGUCAGAGAAGGAGGCCAAAUCCGAGCUGGAGAAGCUCCUCCGCUCCAGUGAAGCCAAGCUGGCGAAGCAACAGAAGGAUGUAUCGUUGCAAGCAGAGGAACGACAGGUCGUUGCCAGCUUGCAGGCCAAGUCGGACGCGCUGGCGAAGGAGAACGUUGAACUGAAGGCGACUGCGACUCGCCUCGAGAAGAAGGUUUCCUCGGCGCAGAAGGAGGCUGAGGAGGAGCUUCAGCAGCUGUCAUCAUCGUUGAAGUCAGAGAAGGAGGCCAAAUCCGAGCUGGAGAAGCUCCUCCGCUCCAGUGAAGCCAAGCUGGCGAAGCAACAGAAGGAUGUAUCGUUGCAAGCAGAGGAACGACAGGUCGUUGCCAGCUUGCAGGCCAAGUCGGACGCGCUGGCGAAGGAGAACCAGGAACUGAAGGCGACUGCGACUCGCCUCGAGAAGAAGGUUUCCUCGGCGCAGAAGGAGGCUGAGGAGGAGCUUCAGCAGCUGUCAUCAUCGUUGAAGUCAGAGAAGGAGGCCAAAUCCGAGCUGGAGAAGCUCCUCCGCUCCAGUGAAGCCAAGCUGGCGAAGCAACAGAAGGAUGUGCCGAUGCAAGCAGAGGAACGACAGGUCGUUGCCAGCUUGCAGGCCAAGUCGGACGCGCUGGCGAAGGAGAACCAGGAACUGAAGGCGACUGCGACUCGCCUCGAGAAGAAGGUUUCCUCGGCGCAGAAGGAGGCCGACGAAAGACUACAGCAGCUGACCUCUGCCUUGGAGGCAGAGAAGGUCGCCAAGGCCGAAGCCGAGGAAGAGCUGGCCGCUGCUGGGAAGGCAGAGAAGCGACUCCAGCUUGAUCAUGAUCGAGCCGUGAAGAGCUUGCACUCGAAGUCGGACGCCAUGGCUGAAGAGAACGAGUCAUUGAAGGCCUCCUGCUCUGCGCUGGAGCAGAAAUUGGCGGACCUUCGGAAAGAGGCUGACGAGAAAGAGGAGCAUUCCAAGCAGGCGAUGGCGUCUCAACAGGCCGCCCGCGCCGAGCUGGAAGAGCUCGAGGAGCGCCUCACGGGUGAUCGGCUGCAGGCCGUGGCAGAACUCCACGUGAAGGCGGACGCCCUGACGAAGGAGAACACCUCGCUCAAGGCGUCAAUGACCAAGUUGGAGAGCAAGUUGAAGGCUCUCCGGAAAGAGGCUCAUGGUCAGCCGGAGCAUGCAUUCCUUCUUUCAUACUUCAAGACUUUGGCCUACUCUGCAUGGACAGCGUGUAAGCAAAGGAACGCGCAUCGAGAGCGCCCAUCACGGUUGGAGUCAGACAGCCCGUUGCCUGGUCCAUGGAGGCCGAGGAUCAGGCAGACCUGCUCGUGGACGCAGUGGAGGCGCAUCCAUAUGAUCUCUGACCUGUUGGAUCUGGGAUCCGAUUUCCCGCAUCUCCUGCGUGCAUCGGUCUUGAGGCAGCCCGAGAAGAAGGCGCAGCAGAGUCCGCUGCAGCAAUGGUGGAGGCUGUGGGCUGCGGGCUGCUGCGGGCUCUGGCUGCCGACAGAGGUCAAACUCGGCCGGGCUGCUGCCACCUGCUGCUCUCAGUCCUUCGAUGCCGGCGAGUUUGCCUCUGAUGUCCCAAAGAGGCCGAAGAGAAACUAG